AUGAUCAUGGGUGUUAGUCGUCGCUACGGAGAUGUGGCACUAGGCGUCAACGUGACGGACACGUUCCACCAUACGCAGGAGAAGUCGCAUCAUGGAGCGUUCGUUCAGUUAUCCAACGCGUCACCAUCGGCGUUCCUCGAGAAGGCGGUGCCCAAGAUCUACGACCAGGUCAAGAUCCAUGACACCGAGUCGUCGGGCCAGCUUCUGAAGACCUGGCAGGCGUCGUUCUUCACCGGCUCGAAAGAAGACGACAAAUGCAACGAGCAGUAUCUGGAAAUCGGUUGCGGACCGGGCAACCUCACGCGCGACUACCUGCUGCCGCUCUGCCCGCUGUCAAUGAGAAGACUAGUAGCGGUGGACAACUCGUACCCCAUGAUCGAUUACGCUAGGCGAGAACACGGCCACUCGAAGAUCGAACACCGUAUGCUGGACAUCGCGAUCGAUGGCGAGGUGUCUCAGUUCAUCGAAGCCGAAGGACAGUUUGAUCGCGUCUAUUCCUUCCUGACGUUCCACUGGAUACACGACAAAGGUGCCGCGCUGAGGAACGUCGAACGCUUGUUGACCCCAGGUGGUGAGUGCCUGAUCGUCUUCAAUCCUCAUCCUGGACCCCUACAGCUUUCCAAAGCAAUGAUAAACUCGGACCGAUGGAAGGAAUACAGUGACGUGCUGAAGAAGGUUGGGCCAGAGUUUCCCGACACCCACGACCCUGCGUGCCUGAGGAACUACCUUAUCGACAUCGUCAGAUCAACCAGACUCGUGCCGCUGACGUGCGAACUGGUGCGCGUGGAGGCCCCGAGUGCCACUAUGGAGGAAGUUGCGCGUCUAGUUCUGCCCAUGAACCCGGUCUACUCGCUUCUGACAGAACAAGGAAAGGCCGAGUUGGAGGAUUUUCUCAAGCAACUCAUCAAACAAGGUCGUUACUCGAACUAUUCAAGCACAGGGGCACGUCGGAACCUGAGAUUCGUCUUUCACGGAUAUAAGCCGUAGCAUCCUGAGCUCCUAGUCCACCGGUUCCUGCAAGAGCUUAAGCCGAUA